UCGUCACUCAUGCAAAGGUGGCACCUGUACAUCGCCCGACGCGCGCUCUCUCCCUGCAACUCCAACCUCCGUUUUCUCUCUCUACACUCGCAGUGCUUCUCUCUCUCUCUCUCUAGCCAUGAAUCCGCAGAGCCUCCUCGCGUCGGCCGCCAUCAACAUCGGCCUGGCCUUGGUGGUCCUCUCCCUCUUCUCCGUCGUCAAGAAGCAGCCGUCGAGCGCCGCCAUCUACCACGCGCGGCGCCUCUCGGAGCGCCGCCGCGUCCCCUUCGACCCGCCGCUCGCGCUCCGCCGCUUCCUCCCUUCCGUCUCGUGGAUCGCCCGCGCCUUCCGCGUCACGGAGGACGAGAUCCUCGAGUCCAGCGGCCUCGACGCCCUCAUCAUCAUCCGGCUCUUCAAGUUCGGAAUCAAGUUCUUCCUGCCUUGCUCUCUCGUUGGAUUGGUGGUGCUUCUGCCUGUGAACUAUAAUGGCCAGGAUGGACCGCCUGUGGAUUACCUGUCCAUGGACUCUCUUGCGAUAUCUAAUAUCAGAAGAGGCUCUGACAGGCUUUGGGUGCAUUUCACUUGCUUGUGGUUGAUGUCUGUCUAUGGGCUAUACCUUCUUUACAAGGAAUAUAAAGAGAUCUUGGGUAAAAGGAUCCACCGACUUCAGAUUAUUAGACAUCGGCCAGACCAAUUUACUGUUUUAGUUCGAGGAAUCCCUCUUUGUACUGAUCAUAAGGCGCGUGGUUGUUCUGUUGACCACUUUUUCUCUAAGCAUCAUCCGUACAGUUAUCAUUCUUACCAAAUGAUGUACGAUGGAAGCCAUCUCGAGAAUCUUUUGGACCAGGCAAAAUCUAUUGCAAGGAAGAUAGAGGAUCUUAGAAAGAGAUCCAGUGUGGAGAAACAUAAGAGAGAGUUCCUUCUCUUGUGCACUAAUGGAGAAGAUUCUACUAAAAUAACCUUGCAAGAGGAGAAGCUUCAGGAACUUUCUCAUAGGAUCCAUCAGUUACAGUGUGAAGAUAUGCUUCAGGAUAAGGAGUUGCCUGUUGCUUUUGUCAUAUUCAAAUCCCGAUGGGGUGCUGCCCUAGCUGCGCAAUCCCAGCAACAUUCACAUCCGCUCUUAUGGACCACUGAAGUGGCUCCAGAACCAAGAGAUGUAUCAUGGAAGAAUCUGGCCAUUCCAAAUAGAGUUUUGCCACUUUACAAAAUUGGAGUCAUUCUUGCAGCAACACUCCUUACUAUUUUCUUUGCUGUUCCAGUGACUGCUGUUCAAGGAAUAGCCAGAUUUGAGAAGCUUAAGAAGUGGUUUCCUCCAGCCAUGGCUGUGCAAUUGAUACCAGGUUUGAGUUCCAUUGUGACGGGGUAUCUGCCAAGUGUCAUCCUUAAUGGAUUUAUAUACGCCAUUCCCUUUGCAAUGCUUGGAAUGGCUAAACUAGCAGGUUAUGUAUCAAAGAGCAAGGAAGAGUUGAAAGCUUGUGACAUGGUUUUCUACUUUCUAGUGGGAAAUGUUUUCUUUUUGAGUCUGUUGUCUGGAUCUUUGCUCGAUGAAAUAGGAGAAUCAGUUACUCAUCCAAAGAACGUCCCAAGUCAUCUUGCUAGGGCUGUUUCUGCUCAAGGAGAUUUUUUCAUUACAUACAUAUUGACAGAUGGGCUGUCGGGUUUUUCGUUGGAGAUUCUUCAGCCUGGAUUACUUCUGUGGGAUUUAAUUAAGUCACUCACCUAUAGGCAACGGAAGGAGAAAGAACCAUAUCUUUAUUCUCUACCUUACUUUAGAGUUAUCCCUGUGGUCUCAUUGGCGAUGUUAAUUGGAAUGGUGUAUGCCCUAGUUGUACCGUUGCUAGUGCCAUUUCUCAUUUGCUACUUCUGCUUGGGAUAUGUCGUGUAUAUAAACCAGAUUACAGAUGUGUAUGCAGUUACAUAUGAGACGUGCGGAAAGUAUUGGCCAUACAUUCAUCACUACAUUCUCAUCGCAAUAAUUCUUAUGCAAAUCACGAUGAUUGGUCUUUUUGGACUAAAGUCAAAGCCGGCUGCUUCUAUAUGCACAGUUCCACUUUUGUUAUUCUCUUUGUUGUUCCAUGGGUAUUGCAAGCUUCGUUUCUAUCCUACAUUCCGCAACUACUCCAUACAGGAUGCUACUGAAAAUGAUGAAUUUGAUAAGAAGAGCAACCAGUUGGAACUGAGUUCUGAGAUUGCAAAAGAUUCAUAUUGUCCGCCAUUUUUACGACCCAUGAACCUUGCGGCAUCAGAGUCAAGCUCGACGGAGCCGCUAGUGUCUACUUCUCGGUCUCCAGCUUGAGUAUUUUCACUCUGCCUUUUCAAUAUAGCAUUUUUUAGAUCAAAAGAAUUUUGUUAAGUAGAUUCCUUUAUGGAACUCUCCUUGCAGGCUGCACUCUAUCCUGUUCCACUUUUUCUCAUAGUAGUGAUUGUUGGGGCGUUAGUUGGCAGAAAAAUGAGGCGCCUAGAUCGCACAUAGAUAUAAGAGUUAUUGUUUUCACCCCGA